GCCGGUUUAAAAACGAAAUAGCCAUCAGCGCACAAAUGGAAGAAGAAGAAGAAGGGUCUUAAGGCGAUUUGCGAUUCCCUUGUUCCGGCCUUAGACGAAUCGAUCAACAACAGAGCCUUAGCUAAGGGAACACAAAUCUUGAUGCACUUAAUGAUGGACCGUCGCUUGAAAUCUAGAUCACGUGAAUUCAAUGGCAUCCGAGAAGUGGAACACUCGUUUUGUGAUAUUCAAAAAACAAAAUUGGUAUAUAUUAUGCAAAAAGAAUAUGCAACUGUGAACCCCUCAUUAGUUGAUGCGGUUGGCACUGAUGGGCUUUCAACAUGCGUAGGACUUAUCAUUCGAAAUCCUAAAAAUAGAAAGAUAUCUGUUGCGCAUAUAGAUAUUCCCAAUAUUGUUGAAGCUGGCCUAGGGCAAAUGUUGUCUUCCAUUUCUAAUCAGGACUCCAAUGCUAGUUAUGAUGUGCACUUAAUUGGUGGUUACAAAGACAUUUCGUAUGAACAUAAAAGGUGGCGGCAAGGAGUUUCUCUUACCCUAUGUUCCAAAAUAAUUGAAGUCCUAUUCAAGAGCCCUGCAAAAUUCAACAUUCAAACUCUACAUGUUCUUGAUCACAAUACCCAAUAUGAUAGGGAGAAAAAUGCAUAUAGAAUCUUCGAAGGUUUCAUUGUGAAAACUGAUACCGGAUCAAUACUUCCAGCACGCUUUCAUGAAACUACAAAAGGCCCAGCUAUAAUUCUUAGAGAAGCUCGUCGAAGUCUUUGCGUCAUUGAUUCCAAUUGGAAGAAUAGGUUGUUAUACACCUAUGAUACUGACUCUGACAGAUACAUCAUUGCUCCUAUCUCUUGGGAUGAAACCGCAAUAGAAGGACCUAAGCAACUACUAGGUUUAUCUGAUGAAGACUUUGCUAAGGUGUAUUAUUAUGCUCCACCUCUCCAGAUUGAUCAUGACUACAUACGUUAUUUGAAAAG